AUGGCCUGUUCAGAGACGGUGUAUGGUUUGUCACUUCUGGGCUACUGUAGAAACGAUACGGCGGACUCGGCGGACUCCGUGGACGAGGACCUGCCCUGCUCCGUGGAUAAUGUUAACCGCUCAUUCUCAGGUAAAGACAGAAACAGAUGGAGAGACAGGGAAAAAGGAGGAGGAGGGGGUUUCAAAAUGCCUAGCAGAAGAACAACAUCCUCCAAACCCAUCCCUCCCUCCCCUUCUCCUCCUCCUCUUCCUCCACCACGGCCUCCCCUUCGUUCACGUCGCAAAUCCAAAUCACCUUCAUCCCGCUCUAACCACUCGACCCCAAAACGAGCCCUGGAUUUGGACAAAAUUGGGGCCACGUCUGACACAGAAGACAGCAGGCAAACCUGUAGAGGGUCCAGAGACCCCCGGGGCUCCCAGGGUUCAGAGCUGGACAGGAAAUGGGAGGGUGUGGCCUUGGAGCUGCGUUACCGUGGCAGCAGGAUGAGGUCAGCAGUGUACCAGACUUCAGACUUGCCCUCCAUGGUCAAAGCCAAGAGACAGUUGGAGCAGAGUGAGGGCAAAGGGCAGAUAGACCGGAGUAAAUUGAAAGCAACCUUUGUUUGAGGAGCCUAAUGUUUAGCUGACUCAUAAACUGUCUGGCCUGAUGUCGUGUCUGUGACUCUGACCACGCUGACGCAGUCUGCAGCAGCUGUAACAUUGUCGAGGCCUAAAGUUUAGGCAAAGGGCUUAAUGUCAACAACUGUGCAGCUGCACCCAGACUCGAUACAGAAGGGUGCUAUUAGUGGAUGACAGGCUGAGAUUAAUCAAAUGCUGUGUCCCAAUUCCAGACUGCAUACUCAUUCCCAGUAUGGACUCUGCAGUGGUGGAAAGCAACACUGUACAAUUUUUUGAGCAUCUCCAUUUGAUGCUACUUUGUACUCUUACUCCAUUACUUUUAAAAGGAAAAUAUUGUACUUUUUACUCCACUAUACUUAUCUUCAGAACUUAUUAUAACAAACAAAACAUACUGCCUUUUGAAAUUUAAUGUAUGCUUUGAUGAAAACGCCCAGCUCCAGGAACACACUUUUUUUUUUUUUUUUUUUUUAAAUCUGUAGAAAAAUACUAUGCUGUCUAAUUGAAAGUCAGAUUAAUUAGCACGUUUUCAAUGAUAAAAUCUAUAAUGUAUGUUAACUGCAAAAACAGCAUCUGCAACAAUUGGUUUAUUGUACUGAAUAUAACAAGUAUUUAGUAUGUAAUUGGGACACAGCACUGCUAUCUCUGGGCCUAGCUGUUGGCUUUCUCCCUCACGUUGUGCCCAUACAGGAGAAUACUUGUAUUUCUUUGGUUCUGUAUUUUGACAGAAAUCUGUUAAUUAAAGGGGCACUGCAGCGAUUUAGUAUAGAUCUUCCAUUAAAGCUAUAGUGCGUAACUUCUGUCGCCUCCCAGUGGAUAAUGCGUUACUACAACUAAUAAGCCGGCGGCACUUCCAUGUACACAGAGUAACACUCGCCAGUCGCCACACACCGUACACAGAGUAACACUUUCCUUUGUGGUAGGAUCCACUUCUGAACUGUGUCUCGGCCGCUUCUCCACCAUGUUGCUUUCUCUUUCUACCUGCGUUCUACCUCUCCGCUCUUCCUCUCCCUCCCUUCUUUUUGUGAGGAAGCAUUUCCUGUGUGCCAGUGCGGGAAUGUCGCCGGUCUACAUGCAUACUAAAAAUGAUAUGUAUUGAAAAAUACCACAAGAGGAGCCGAUCGGCUUAAUCAGCAUUGUGUCGUCUCCUCUAGUAGUGGCUUGGGUGAAAUGGACAUUUACGGACCUGUAGAAGUUACGCACUAUAGCUUUAAGUCGGAAAACUUGGAAACAGGGAAACUUGAGGCAGCAGAGGCUGAAAUAUUCUGACUUGCAGUCCUCAGUGUGGGUCAGACGCUUAAAGUGAUGGAUCCAAGUUUUCCCAUAAUGCCACUUCACAGCGUCUUUUGUUAGGCCCUCCCUGCCUCAUAAACACCAACUCGUUUAAAACUCCACAAUCUCAGUUUGCACCCCAGACUCUCUGUUAAAAAUGUGCAGCCUUCAACCUUAAAGCUGUAGUUGGUAACUUUUAUAAGGAUAUUUUUUUUAUCAUAAAUGCUGAAACUGUCACUUCAUCCACACAGAGGUACACCAAUAAUCAGGUUCCUCCUCCCAAUCCAAGUGCUUGUAAUAGCAUUUGCUAGAACCUACACAGCAGACAGUUUGCUCCACCUGGUGGGCAAAGCUUAGUUUUUGGCUUAACUGUUCCCAACAUGGCAACUGGGUUAGAAUUGUUCUCCUUUUACAGCUUAACUUUACACUAAAAUAUGUUUCUGAAAAUGUUUUUGACAAAACAGUAACAGAAUCUUGGUCCAUAUUUGAUCAGCACUGCCUAAUUUGACAGUUUGACAGUUUGACAGCUGCAUAAGGGACUUCUCGGCUCUGAUUGGUUGUUUUCAUUCAUGUAGUAAUGCCAUUGUAAGCACUACCAGGAGGCAAUGCUGUGGCUCAGAGGUAGAGCAGGUCGUCCACUAAUCAGAAGAUUGAAGGUUUGAUCCUCGGCUCCUCCAGUCCGCAUGUCAAAGUAUCCUUGGGCAAGACAUUGAACCCCAAAUUGCUCCCGAUGGCUGUUGCAUCGGUGUGUGAGAGGGUGUGAAUGGCUACUGAGGAGCAGGUGGCUCCUUGUAUGGUAGCCUCAGCCAUGUGUGUGAACAGAUGAAUGUGACGUAGUGUAAAAAGCGCUUUGAGUGGUCGGAAGACUAGAAAGGCGCUAUACAAGUGCAGUCUAUUCACCAUUUUACCACAGUUUUUAUUCACAGAUUAUUUGUCUGAUGUAAUACUGUGUGGAUACAGUGACAGUUUCAGCAAAUAGGACAGUUAUAUUUUUUUAAUAAAAGUUACCAACUACAGCUGUAAUGAAAGAGGACAGCACCAAGGUUUUCUUUGACUUGACUGAACUCCUCCAGAGCUGCAGAAGACAUUACACAGCUGUUUUCACAAACAAAUCUGAAGAGUGCCUUUUUCAGGCUUUUAAGGGGUAGACAAAUAAUGAAAACUAUAGCAGUAUUAAAGUCAGUUAAAGUUCUACUUUCAUAAACUGUUUAACAUGUCAACCACCUGCAUGACAAUUAAAUAUGAGCAGUUUGAAAAAUGAACCCUGAGACAUUGUAAGCUGUCUGCGUUUUGUAGGAUAAUAUAGUGAAGUGUUCCUGGCACCAGCUUGUUCAUUAAAUUCACCUGUCAUUCUAGGAAUAAAUGGCCCUGAACUUAGAGAGGCCCUGGAAGUAAUACCAUCCUGAAAACAUCCAAUCCUGAGUCAGGUGCUUUGGUCAGUAGCAAUGCAAGGUUUAUAUUACACUGGGCCUUGUAGCUGUGAGACAACAGCAGGACUGCUGUAAUCACCCUUUUGCCCUCAGGAUGUGCUCACUCAGUGGACGUGACAUGUUCACAUAAUAAAAUAUUUUCUUGACUAGUAAUCUUGUAUAAUCAUUUAUUUGUUGUUGCGGAUUUGAAUCUAAUUCGCUCAUUUUACAUCUCUUAAUUGGCAUUACUCCGGAGUCAACUUUUACAGAUUAAACUGGCUUUCCACAGACAGAGCAGAGGCUCCGCUGAUUAGCAUUAAGGCAACAUGAAUCCCUGUCUAACACC